GCCUCGUGGGCGGGGCCGGUAUGACCUUGGUCACUCUCCCGCGGAGACAGCCUUGGGGGUGGGACUCACCGUCUCUAUGGAGACCGAGAAACAGGGGAUAAUACGGCGGAGCCGCCCGGGCUGCAGUCCCACCCGGGAGCCGGCAGGGAGCGGAGCUUCGGAGCCGCCUGGUCUCGCGCGUCCAUCGGUCCAUUCCUGCGUCCUUCUGUCCAUCCGAACACGCACUUCAGGAGCAGCCGCGAGGGUGGCAUGGCAGCGAGCACAGACAUCGCUGGACUGGAGGAGAGUUUCCGCAAGUUUGCCAUCCAUGGCGACCCCAAGGCCAGUGGGCAAGAGAUGAAUGGCAAGAACUGGGCCAAGCUUUGCAAGGACUGCAAGGUGGCUGACGGAAAGGCUGUGACAGGGACUGAUGUGGACAUCGUCUUCUCCAAAGUCAAGGGGAAGUCUGCUCGGGUCAUCAACUAUGAGGAGUUCAAGAAGGCCCUGGAAGAGCUGGCAACCAAGCGAUUCAAGGGGAAGAGCAAGGAGGAGGCCUUUGAUGCCAUCUGCCAGCUGGUGGCAGGCAAAGAGCCAGCCAAUGUGGGAGUCACUAAAGCAAAAACAGGGGGUGCUGUGGACCGGCUGACAGACACCAGCAGGUACACAGGCUCCCACAAGGAGCGCUUUGACGAGAGUGGCAAGGGCAAGGGCAUUGCAGGACGGCAGGACAUCCUGGACGACAGUGGCUAUGUGAGCGCCUACAAGAACGCGGGCACCUAUGACACCAAAGUGAAGAAAUGAGGCUUGGGAAGACCGUCCCCCCCAGUGCGGCUGCUCCUGCCAGAGGCUCAGGCCUGGGUCUAAGGGGCACAUGGAGCAAGAGAGCCUGGUCCCCUCCCUGCUGGACCUGCCACCCAGAGCUUCCUGCCCACAAGGCCUCUGACCCAGGCUGCUCUGCGGCCCCUUCUUCCUCCUCUUCCCACCCCAACUUCUGUCCACCUGGGGACAGUCUAUGCCUGUAGCCUCAUGACCCCAACCCAACCCCGGGCAUGGCUAAUCCCUGCCUGCUUGCCUCAUAUUUAAGCUGCUGCUCUGGCCAAGUGCCUAAAAUUCUAACCCAGACCUCAAUAAAGACACCUUUUGUACCAA